ACUAAAUGAAGAUCUAUUUACUUGACUUGUAGUUGUAGAAGAGACAGAUCAGCAAUCCUGUGUUACAACAGCUUCACAGAUAGACAAUUGUUAACAAAAUAAUGGAAACGCACGAUGUUAAAUCCUUUCAUCAGUGUGUUGUAUGUGAUAAGAUUUUUAAACAAUAUGAUGAUUUAGAAAAACACAAUAAGAUACAUGUUAAAGAAGAGAAAACUGAUGAUGUAGAUGAAUAUUGUCUUGUUCAUUUUAAUGAAGAGAAAACUGAUGAUGUAGAUGAAUAUUGUCAUGUUAAGGAAGAGAAAAUUGAUGUUGUAGAUGAAUAUUGUCAUGUUAAAGAAGAGAAAACUGAUGAUGUAGAUGGAUAUUGUCAUGUUAAAGAAGAGAAAACUGAUGAUGUUGAUGAAUAUUGUCAUGUUAAAGAAGAGAAAACUCAUGAUAUAGAUGAAUAUUGUCAUGUUAAAGUUAAGAAACCUGAUCGUGUGGAUGGCUAUUGUCAAACUGAAGAUGAUAUUGAAACUGUUUAUCAGUGUAAUUUGUGUCAUGUAGAAUUUAAAUCUUACACUGGUUUAGAAAAACACUGUGAAAUACAUGUUAGUCAGCAAGGGCGAACAGGAGGAAGACAUUAUAAAUGUGAUGUUUGUGGUAAAUCAUUUACUCAUAAUGGAACUCUACAGAGACAUGUCAGGACACAUACCGGUGAAAAACCAUAUAAAUGUGAUGUUUGUAGUAAAUCAUUUGCUGUUAAAUAUUCUCUACAGACACACACAAGAAUUCACACAGGUGAAAAACCUUAUAUAUGUGAUGUUUGUAGUAAAUCAUUUAUCGCUAAUAGUACUCUACAGGCCCACAGGAGAAAUCAUACAGGUGAAAGGCCUUAUAAAUGUAAUGUUUGUAGUAAAUCAUUCACAUCUAGUAGUAAUCUACAAACCCACAUAAGAAUUCAUACUGGUGAAAAUCUCUUUAAAUGUGAUGUUUGUGGUAAAUCAUUUACUCAGAAUGGUAAUCUACAGACCCACAUCAGAAGUCAUACAAGAGGAAAAACCAAAAGUGCAGGGGGACUGCACCACACAUAAUUUACACAAAAAUAAAUAUACAGACAAGACAUCAUACGCAGAAAUCACAAACAAACGAACAAUUCUUGAAAUAAAGUGAAUGGGUCCCGAGGCUAGCUGUAAGCAUCCGCUGCGCUGUACAGUCCUAGGCGUGUUAUGCUACAGGCCUGACUAAAAAUGAAAAAAAAAUUGAUUUACAAAAAAAGACAAAAAUAAUGCGACCAAUCUUGACAGUGGUUGUCUCUUCAAUGUCGAUAGUCUGCCAGUUGACGUCCUGAGUUAAACAAUUUUAACAAUAAGGGCAAUAAUCCGGAGAGAAUAUUGAAAAAUGUUAAAUAACAAGUGUAGUGAGCAAACAGCAGCAAAGCCCAACAACGAGAAUAUUCUGCAGUACGAAGAGUUAAAAACUCUACUCUAAUAGUAAGUGCAGGAGGACCGCACUACACAUAAUAGGCAGAUUUCGCUUUUUCAUAAUGUAUGUUUAGCUAAGGAUUUCUGUAAUAAAAAUAUGUAUUUGUGUAGUAAUUUUUAUAAAGAUUAUAAUUAUUUUUAUUACCGUAGAAUCUGUAUUAAGCAGCCACUCAAGGGAAUUUUCAGGAGUGGCCCUAUAAUAAAAUCUCAGUGUUUUUUUUUGUGCUGACAUCAAUAGUCAGGUCAAAAUACAGCUUAA